GGACCAGUCGCCCCGUUGACGUUUCCAUUUCCGCCACUCCACAGUCCACACCGAAAACAGAUCCAAAUCCCACCACACCAAUCCAUCCGCCCCCAUCUCCAUCCCCGUCGCCCGAUCCGAUCCGGUCCGAUCCCUCGCCAUGGCACCGUCGUUCUGGGGCCCCGAGUUCCCCCCGCAGCCGGCGGCGGUGUUCGACGACCUCGCACCCGUGGAGGCGGAGGAGGAGGAGGAGGACGCGUACGAGGACGAGAUGGAGGAGGAGGAGGAGGAUGAGCACGGCAGCGACGGGGAGGUCGUCCCGAUGGACACCGAGGACUCGGGCGAGGAGCUCGUCUACUCCGGCUGCGGCUGCAACAUGCUCACCCUGUCCUUCCCGGGCGCUGUGCACAUCUUCAUGUCUGCCUCCCCUGACAAGGUGUCGCAGGUGGAAGCUGCACUUUCGCUGCAGGGGCGAUUGGAUCCGGCGGACUCUACGACUGCACCGCCCACCUCGCGCAACACGCUCACCAUGACCUUCCGGGGCGAGGAGUGCAAUUUCGACUCUGUAACCCCUGAUGAGGUGCAAGAUGUGCUUUUGUCGCUCGCGGGAAGGGAGCUGAUGGUCCCUAGGAUUGAGCUCAUAAUGGGGUUCCCGAACUGGAGCUACGAAUUCGACUCUGUAUCCCCUGAUAAGUUGCAAGCUGUACUUUCGCUGCUGGGGGGAAUGAAGCUGACGGUCUAUACGGCUGUGCCAUGUGCCUUGCACGACCAGCUCACUGAACCCUUGAUGUGUUGGAUCGACGUGUUGCACCCUGCACUCCCUGAUAAGGUGGAAGCUUUACUUUCGCUGCUCCAGGGAAACGAGCUCAACCCAGGCAUUGGUGGUGGAGCAUCACCAUCAAUUCCAUACAGACUAUUUUUACAGUCCAUAAACAAUGUUUGGUAAGGUUAUGUGCUGGAUGAUUCACAUGCGGCAGAGGUUGAAUUUACCCUGCUUCAGAUGUUGAAUUUCCUACACUGGUGGCACCGUUGAUGAGAUUUAGGGAGAAGCUGAAAAAGCAGGACUUUGUUAAGAAGAUCUGUUAUACUACUGUUUGGAAGAACUUGCACUAAGGAUGCAGCGCAGUAGAUGCCAAUUUACAUCUUCAAGGCCAAAACCUGAUAAAUCAGCAUCAGAGUUGGUAACUCCAGAUGGCUCCGAAAAUAGGGGAUUAGUGGAGGCUUGAUGUCUGUCUGCUGCCGAGUAAGGUAAUGGAACGUAUUAUGUUGUUAUUUGUUUAUCUGAAUUUAAAGUUUCCAGCAAUAUUUCUAGAUGCUUCAAAAGAGGUUUUGUGUGGGAUUUGGCAGCUAUGCUUGAAUUAAUUGCUUGAGUAUGUCAUUGUGGAUGUGAAAAAAGGAACACAAUUUCUAGCAAAUACUUGGUGCAGCUGGCUUCUACACAUCAUAGUGUAUAGUACUCCCUCUGUUCCAAAAUACUUGUCGUGGUACCAAAACCUAAGUAUUUUGGAACGGAGGGAGUACCUUUUUUUGUCUAGCUUGCUUUUCCUGGGAUAUUCAGUUUUGUUUGCUUUGUUAGUUGUGUAUAUGGACUGGAAGGUAAUUUCUGAUACCUAGCAUACAUGGACAGAUGCUUCUUUCCAUAUGGUAUUAGCAUUGUUAGAUCUUACCUUUUUGGCUUCUUAAGCAUAUGGGAUUUUAUUUGUAAAUUGUGGUGAUGGCUGUCUUAGAAUUCUUUCAGAUGCCAUCACUGUGGUAUUAAUGCAAGGACCACUUGCUCCUUUGCUGUUUCCAUUUCCACCAUCCAAACUAAAAGAAGAUCGAAAUCCUAGGGUUACUACCCCCUCCUGGCUAUCUCCAUCCCCAUCGUCCGAUCUGAUCCUUCGCCAUGGCACAGUACGACGGCAAGCUGUACCAGCCUCGCCGGGGCCCCGAGCACCCCCUGCAGCCGGCGGAGGACCCGGAGGCGCACGCCGCGGAUGCUGUGAUUAACCACCUUGCUGUCACGGCGGCGGAGGUGGAGGUGGAGGCUAUGAUCGCGCACAAGGAGGAGCAUCAGCAGGAGGUGGAGGAGGGCGAGGGGGAUGGGCAGCAUGGGCAUGGGGAGCACGGCGGCAAGGUGGAGGUCGUCCAGAUGGAUGCCGGCCGCGGUGGCUGCUGCUGCUAUGGCAGCGGCAGUUGUGGCGGCCACACAGUUGGACCUACACAGGGCAAUGGUCUCUACAAUGGUGCCACACCCUUUUAUGUGAUGUAUAAGUCAAAUUAUAAAAAAGGGCAGCCCCGUGCAUGUAGCUCCCGCUUGCGCAGGGUCUGGGUAAGGGUCCGACCACUUUGGGUCUUCUGUACGCAGCUUUUCCCUGCAUUUCUGCAGGAGGCUGUUUCCAGGACUUGAACCCGUGACCAUAGUGACCUCAUGGUCACAAGGCAACAGCUUUACCACGCGCCAAGGCUCCCCUUCUAUAAGCCAAAUUAUAGUUCAUGAAAAAUAUAAUAGUAUCGUGAUUUUAUGACAUGGUACUGCUGACAAAAGAAAACGAUUACUACUUACUAUUCUGAUGCUAACAGCCUUUUUUUAGACAAGAUUAUAUUUUGCUUGUUUGUCUAAAUUACCUCUGCAUGCAUUAUGCACAAAUACAAUUAACGGUUUUCAGAUUUUCCCUGUAUUUAUAGGAUGCAGCGCAAUAGAGACCAAUUUACAUCUUCAAGACCAAGACCUGAUGAAGCAACAUCAGAACUUGGCAACUCCAUAUGCCUCCCCAAAUAGGGAAUCAGUGGAGGGUCGACUCCGUCGGGUUGAGUAUAUUUUUCGUCCUCGAACUCUUCCGAAAGUUAAGAAAUCAUCCCUCAACUUCAAAACCACCAAAAGUCAGUCCCUCAACUAUGUAAACCGGAUACUUUUCGUCCCUAAUAACGUUUAAGGUGGUUUUAUUGUGACGUGGACCCUGUUUUGACUAAAACGGGCCACGUGGGUUGGUUUUGACCGCCAGGUCAAUCAACGGACUAAGGGCACCCACUGGGUCUCUCUGUCGCUCGCUUUCGCGUUCUCUCGAUCUAUUUUCCCAUUCACGAACCCUAAAUAGAGCGGUGGCGGCAGCGAUUCCCUCUUGGGCGGCGGCGGCGGGCUGUGAGGCGGGGCUAUGGCGGCGCUCGUGGUGUGGCCUGCCGGUGACUGAGGCGUGGUGGUUGCUGGCUGAGCAUGGUGGCUGUAGUGGUGGCUCCUAGGGCACGGCGGCGGCGACGGCUGCGGCGGCGAUUUAGGCAGCGGCUGCGGCGGCGAUUCCCUCAUGGGCGGUGAUUGAGCCCCGUGGUUGCUGGUUGAGCACGGUGGCGGCUGCGCUGUGAAAUCCAGUUCAUCCUUUACUGUCAAUGUUACCUCCGGCCCGGCAAGUUCCCAAGUUGGCGGAAAUAAAGGAGCAAAGAAAGUGCCAGCAAAACUACCAGACUAGUGCUUGUUUGCUGCUGUUUGUUCUUAUGUCAGACCAUGUGAGAAUUCAUGUUUGUCAUUGUUCUAAGCUAUAUUCAGUACUAUUUCCCUUCCCCAUUUAGUACAGACUAUGUUCAACUAAAUUGGGUCGAGACUAUGUUCAGACUAUUUUCAAUUAAAUUGGGUUCAGAUUAUGUUCAACUAAAUUCAGUACAAUGAACUGAAAUGUCCAAACUAUUUUCAGUUAUAUUCAGAUUUUAUUAAGCUAUAUUCAGUGCAAACACUUUCCUUUUCUCUUGUUCUCACUUGUACACAUGCGCACACACACAUACUCAUGCACAAAGACUUGAUUGAUGUGGCAGUGAAAACAGUGCAUGUGGCCCGUUUCAGUCAAAACAGGGUCCACAUAAUAAAACCACCUUAAGUGUUAUGAGGAACGAAAAGUAUCCGGUUUAAAUAGUUGAGUGACGGAAAGUAUCUGGUUUAAAUAGUUGAGGGACUGACUUUGGGUGCUUUUGGAGUUGAGGGACGAUUUCUCAACUUUCGAAAGAGUUUGAGGACGAAAAAUAUACUUAUCCCACCUCUGUCUGCUGCUGAGUCCUGAGUAAGUUAAUAGUGGCCAAUGUACUUUGUUGUUAUUGUUUUAUAUGUAUUUUCAUUUUCCAGCAAAAGUUUAGAUGCUUUCUGUGGGAUUUGGCAGCUAUGCGUUGAGCCGUUGAGAAUCUUUGCUAUGCUUGAAAUUAAUUGAUCUAGUAUGCCAUAGUAGGUGCCACAAAAGAAACACGAUUCUUGCAGUUGGCGUCUACACAGCAUCAUAGUAUAUUGUUAGCUUUUUAUAGUCUAGCUUGUCUCUUUCCUGGGAUAUUCAGUUUUGUUUACUUUGUUAGUUGUGCAAGAAGGAUUGAUCUGGACUGAAGGCAUUAUCUGAUACCUAGCAUACAUGGAGAGAUGCUUCUUUCCAUAUGGUAUUGUUAUUGCUAAUUCUUACCUUUUUGGUUUCUUAAGCCUCAUCCCAAAUCGAGAAGCCUGAGAACUGUGGUACACAGAUUUUAAGGGUGAGUAUGAGGAGGGAGUGGCUUGCUCAUUAGUAAAUUCGGGUGUCCUUGGCACCCUCGUCUCCAUGGGAGAUGUAAAGUUGUCUUGGUCAUGAUCAUCUUAAUGAUUUUCUGGGUUCCUAGUUUUUUCUUAUUCCUAUGUAUCAAACACCCAACUUUACAAAAUUCAUGUGUUUUCUGAUUCUUUAUUUUGUGCAUGCUUUCGUAUUCUAUUAUUUUGUUUCCUGUUCCUAUGUUUUUAGAAUCCAGCGAACCAAGAGGCCCUUAGUGGGAUAUGGUUCUGAUGUGGUGGUGGCUUUGGUUACCAUGUGCCUGUGGAAGACCUCGUUGGGCGAGGAGAGCUUGGGAAAUUUAUAUCAUGUGCCUAUUGAAGGCCUCAUUUGCCGAUGAGUGCUCGGGAAAAUGUAUACCAAAUUCAAGAAAGGGCAGAGAUCAUAGAUGGGAGUCGACUUGAUACAGACCUGGAAGUUGCUAGACGAUCAGGUUCUCUGGAGACAUGGCGGGGAUGAUCCUUACCAGUGUCUGCUUGUAAGCUGAGGACACGAAAUCUCUCUGUAUGUUGUGAACAUGUUACGAUACAUCAGUUUGAUUUGUCCUCUUGCUGUGGGAGUUAGGACCACAUUUGAUUUUCUUUCUUGAGCAAGCAGUUAGCAAAAAUCUUUUACCGUGUAUGGACAGCUUCUUUGUGUUUCAUUACUCAUUAAAUGAGAUGAAACUUGUAUAUAAAAAGGUCACCUGUUUUGAAUAAAAAGACAGAAUCCUGGUAUCUUA